AAUAGUAUUUACGUUUCGGACAUCAAAAAACUAUUAACCGUGUGUCCGUGUAUACGAAAUUAUCACGUCUAAUCAUCGGCCUCAUGUACCGCGGUUCUAGCCGUUAUCAUCAAUACCGUACAUUGCAGAACCGCGGUAUAGCACCAGCGAGUUACCGAACUCGACUCAUCGACGGCGGGUCGGAUUAUAUUUUGGUGGAUUCAGUAUAUUAAACUCCGCAUUUUUCUAAACCAUUUCAAAGGGUUUUGGGCUGGUAAACGUUUUAAAUCUCGGUAAGCCGACACUUAAUCCAUCCAGCGCUGGUAGUACGUAUUGUAGACAUAUGAUAUUAUACUAAACAGAGCUGCAGAAUCCGAGCUUAGAGCCAUAUAAUGAAAAACUUUGAACGGGAUAUAAAAUAAACUACUUACAAAUCGUAAAGGCAAUAAUUGCUCAAAUGUUCGAGAUGGCUUUGGAGACAACUUUUUUUUUUUGGCGAACACCGCCAAUCGUCAAAUACGCAUGAAUAUGACAACGGGCCGCAAAUCUACCGCGUGCUCUUCGGCGCGUCGACUGUAACAACAGCAUCACCGGGAAUCGAAUUCGACGUAUACGCUAAAAAUUAUGCUCGAUAAUCGACUUCACGUUGCGAUUUCAUAACGUGGAAUUAUGGACAACAAUGUACAAAUGUUUUCAGUAUAAAAUCCAAACACCACGCAAACUUUCCACAUACAAUCGUCCGUCAUCUGCCGCCGUCCGUCUUCUCAGGGCUAUUUUAAAAUGAACGCUUUAACAAUAGCCGUCGCUGUGUUAUCCGCAACAGUGACUCUCUUAGCCGCCGAGGCAACGCCGAACUCGUACGUCUCGUACAAAAACCCGUCGACAUGUCGCUCGGCAGAACCAUCGUGUGCAACACUCGAUCGUUCGGACUCCGACGAAGAAGGCUGCACCUGCAGUGGAUCGUGGCAGCCGCAUUGCUGCUGUCCGCGUCCGCGUCCUUACAGCCUCCCGCCCUGCAGACAACAACCCACUUGCCGUCCGUCGUCUUGCAGCGCCCCCCCGUCAGCAACGGGACCUGCCCAGUACCAGACCGUCUCGUACUCACCUUGGCCGACCGCAUCCACAUCGUCCUGCCCAGACCUCCCGUGUUCGGCUCCGAGCCCCAGCCCCUGCCCCUGCCCUGCGGCUGCAGCAGUUCCGGCGCCCGCGCCCGCACGACUGUGUACGUGUUCACCGUUUCCCGAUCAGCCGCCUUGUCCCUACUGUGCACGUCUGCAGCAGUCGCCUUGUCCGUCCGGCGGGCCUGCGCCGUCGUCGUCGGUUAGCGGUCUGUCGCUGUCCGACUUGGCCGAGUUCAUGUCGCCCUCGGCCCCGUGCAUCGUGCCCCCGCAACGGCCGCUGCUGCCGAAAUUGAUACCCGUCAUGCUGAAACCGCUGUCGUUCAACGUGCACCGACCUUCGGCUGCGUGUCGGCUCGGAUUGCAAGGAUAUGCCGGCUCGGCGCCGUCGCUAUUAUCGCCGUGCGGCUGCGGUUCUGCACCGUCACCGUACGAAUUUUAUAAUAAUAAAUAAUAAUAAUGAAAAAAAUAAAACCGUUUGAUAGUAUGAUGAAAUUUAUUAUAAUAUAAUAUAUACUUUUAUAUUAUACACAUGUCGCUGUGUAAUAAAACGUAAACAUAGGUUUUUGGUUUACUAGAAAUUGAUAUUGUAAUAUUAUCUAUGAUUUUUUUUUUUUAAUGUUUAUAUGACCACAAAUUUUUUUUUAAGGCCAGUUAUUCUUUGUUUUUGC